GGCAGGCACAGCACAGCUACGCCCACACGUCAGUCAGUAGUCCUCCUUGGCCAAAAAGCGUAUCUUCACCGCCUCCCUUUGUCUCUUCCCUCUCUUCCUCCCUCGCGCCUAUAUAUGCAAACACAUUGUCAUCAAAACCCUCUCAAUCGGUCCGCUCCUGCAAUCCACUCGAUUUCCUCCCCUCGGUUAUGAAGUUGAAUUUUGAGGGAAUCGACGCCUGAAUCAAUGCCCCUUUACAAACGAAAGCCCUUCCCUUUAGUUGUAAAGCCUGAGGAUUUGGACCCUCAAGAGCUUGUUUUCCAAAUUCCUUUCACGAAAGAAAUCUUGAGAAGCUACAAUGAUUAUGUUAAGCGGCUCAAUUUCUACCGCCAAAGAGUUUGGACUUGCAAAGCUACGGGAAAGGGCAAUUUGACCUAUGAAGAAGCCCUGAUCUCAGAAGAAAAAGCUUCCAAAAGAAUACAAAAUAUCCCAGCACAAUAUGUAGCUCUUGUGCUCCGCGAUGUCCAAUUCAGUAUGCUGAACUUAAAAGAUCUAGUGAAUUCUAUUUCUGCGAAGGUACAAGGACCUUUUACUGAGGGUGCUGAAGUAUAUGGAAAGAAGGAUGGGCGGUUGUAUCUGUGUAAAGUUACAAAAGUUGUUGAGGGUUCUGACAAAACUCAGUAUGAGAUCGAAUGGCUUGGCGGUAAUCACAAGAUGAAUGAAAAGGCAUUGGUAAACGGUGAAGAUUUGAAAGACAAGAAUCCCCCUUUUAGUAAAAGGGUUUUGAAGUCUUUUAUCAAAGAUUCAACAUAUAGGAGUCUCCCUUGGGUUUUACAUGAUAAUAUAGCAAAGAAGCAUGGAAUCUCCACUACUCCUCCAAAGGAACUCAAAACAAAAUACAUUUUACAGAAUGGAUUGAUAGUCUGUAACAGAAAGAGAAAAAGAGGCGAAGAGACACAAAAAGCUGUGAUGGAAGGUGAGAAGGAGAUCAAGGUAUACAUUCGGAGGAAAAAAAUGAAAUCUAAUUCUUCACCGCCUGGAGUGAGUACAGAUGAUGCAACAGAGAAUAUAGAAGAUCAGUCCAUUAAGUAUCCAAUCGAAGAUCUGCUUGUGAAACCAACUGAGGAAGAUCAACUACUUACAGAGAGGCCUUCCCCUGGCAGGGAUUUUAUGGUGCCAAUGGAUUGUGUGGGAGAUCUUUUGAUGGUUUGGGACUUCUGUACUUCUUUUGGGAAGUUGUUGAAUCUGUUUCCUUUCUCCCUUCAAGACUUUGAGACUUCUCUCUGUUAUUCGGACGCGACUCCUGUGCUCCUUGUGGAAAUGUGUUCGGCUCUUCUGCGUUUUCUUAUAAAGGACAAUGGGAAGUUCUCACUUGUCAUAGAAAAGAAAAAAAGGAAGCCUAAGAUAAGACCAAGUGCCUGGACUGAUUAUCUGUGUGAUUUCUUGGAAACAUGUCCCAAUGAAUUAUCUUUGCAAAUUAGCACCAUUAAGCGAGGUCAUUAUUGCCUGCUAGAAGUUCCUGUCAAGCUAGUAAUUUUUUCUGAGCUGGUUGGUCAAGUACUGGACACUGAAGCACUCAAGGACAAGUUGGAUGAGCAUGUUGAAGAAAGGCAGGCACUUGCUGCUGCACGAAGAGAUGAAGCACUGAUUGAAGGUAGAAAGAGGCGAGAAGAAAAGGAGCGUAAGAAGGCAGCAGCUUCUGCCAAAGAUCUCAAAGAGUCAUCUGGUGCUAUUUCGAAUGGAUAUAUUUCGGAGAAAAAUAACAGGGAAAAUGGACAAGAGAACGGAACAUCUAAGAAGAAAGCUAGGAAGCGGAAGAUUGAUAUCAACAGCUCAUCUGAAGAUGUAAAUGGAAAUCAUCCAUCCAAGAGGGAGAUUCAUAAAUUGAUGAAAAAUGAAAUCAAGGAAUCAAUAGAGAAGAAGAGUGUUGAAGAAAGGAAAGAAUUUCUUGAACGGGAGAUUGAGAAGCGAGUUAUACGCACUAGCCCAUUAGGGAAAGACAGAGACCAUCGCACAUACUGGUUUUAUCGACGCGAUGGGAGAAUUUUUGUUGAGAACUCCAACUCUACAGAAUGGGGAUAUUAUGAAAACAAGGACCAGCUUGAUGCAUUAAUUGGCUCGUUGAAUACCAAAGGCAUGCGAGAGAGGGCUCUCAAAAAACAGCUUCAAAAAUUUUACAGCAAGAUAUGCUCUGAAAUUGAGAAAAGAUCAAAGGUGCAUUCGGAAAAGAUUGCAACGGAUGAAGCCAUGGUCAGAAAAUCAAGCCGCAUCCGUGGCCCACCGGGUGGCAACCCUGCACAUUCAUUCAUUAACUAUGUCAACAAAUGGAAAGAGAUGUAAACUAACCAUGCGAUGGAGCGGGAACUGUAGGCAUAGAAUCGUUAGAAAGCAAAAUGAUUGGGAACGGCUUAAAACCAUACACAUUCUUUCGUUGGGACCGAUUUUUGGGAAUUUCAUGUAACUUUAGAAGCGCAGAGCGGGCGCCCCUGAUGGAAAUAUCGGCUAUAAGCUCGCUCCACGGGAUGCCCGGUAUGUAAUUUUUCUUCUGAUUUGUGAUAGAUGAUUUCUUAUUGAGUUCGGUUUUAGGAUGGCAUGAUUCUAUUA